AUGCCGCUGCCGACGACGACACAGUGGGGAAGGAAAUGGAUGGUGUUGUCGUUGUUCUUGUGGCUGCUCGCGAGUGGUUUUUGUUUUGAAGUCGCGCUCGCGCUCGAUGGGUCGUGCGCUUUGGAGCAGAAGAACGAGACUGGGGCUGUUUUUUUAGCCUCCGCGAGUGGGUUGAUCACGGAUGGAAGUCCAGAGGGGAAAACGUAUCUCCCGCAAGAGCACGAGUGCGCGUGGACGAUUGGUGGUAAAGGUGAAGAAGAUGGACUCAAGACGACGACGAGAAUUACGCUCGCGUUGGAGUAUUUCAACUCCGUGUUAGGCGAAGACUUUUUGCGAGUGUACGAUGAAGGAGAAGAAGAAAUUCUGGCCACGUAUUCGGGAGAUAUCUUUCCGCACUCGAUCGUGUUCGAAAACCAGUCGUCGUUGACGUUAAACUGGACGAGUUUGAAACUGAACAGCGAUAAAGGGUUCAAGGUGCACUAUUACACGGAUAGGAUGGACGAGGUGAAGUGUUUGAACGAUUGCGAUCGGGUCGGGGUGUGCACGGAACGGAACGUUUGCGAGUGUCCGAAAGGAAGAGCCGGGGCGGACUGUUCCAUCGUCGUGCAUCAACUCGUGCUGGGAAUGAAGGAAAACGAGACGAGCAGGUACCAAGGAUAUUCGUUGUUGAGAAGUGAACCCGGGGAGUGCGCGUAUUUGAACGUCGAUGUGCCAAAAGAGAGUGCGAGUGGUGACGACGAGCGAUCUUUUAUGCGCGUAGAGGCGACCUUUCCGGACGGUCUUGACGGCGACACGAGACCUUCUCUGUUCAUUUCGGACGCUUUGGAUAUAAACAAAACAAACUUUUAUGUUCCUUCGAGUGGGUAUUGCGAAACAGAACCGCAUGGGUGCGAAUGGAUCGACGAGAAUGAAACGACAAAGAAGAAGAACGAGAGCGUUUCUUUGGCUUCGGCUGGUGAUAAAAAUAUUGCUUUUAGAGACUACUCUUUGCUUCUUUCGUCGCCAGGGGAGGUAGAAAAUGAUACGAACGAGACUCGGUUCACAAUCAAUGCUCCACAGAUUCCUACUUUCAACUAUUACAGUCAGUUCGACGUGAAAUCGUACAGCAUUUUAAGCCCGAUUCAUUCGCUGCGCAUCGACGACGUUUCGAGUGAAAGCCGGUUCAUAAUCGCCGUAUGCAACGUUCGAACGCCGCCACUUCCCUUGGCGUUUAAAACGCACGAGUUACGAAAUUUCAUUCCUGAAGAAGUGAGCAUGGAUGAUGGACGCGGAGGCAUUCAAUUUUGGUCCAGCACGGCAUCCAAAGAACCGAAGAAAGACGUCGUCUCGCUCGUCAAAGUUGUUCUUUCGAACGAAACUAAAGAUUCGUGCGUAACAGAUUGCAAUAACAAUCGCAGCAGAUGUUCUGCAUCAGGAAUGUGCCUCUGUGAACGCCCGUACGCUGGGAUGUAUUGCGAGAGCAGAAUGAAAGUAAUUGAGCCCGAUGGUAUCGUGCAUACCUUCUCAGAAACGCUCGAUCGAGGUGGCGCGGCUAAAAUGUACAUUUCAAUUCCGGAACGUCCGAGCGAAUCCGAAGGUGUUAACGCGAUAAAAAUUGAAAUCUCGCACGAAAACAACCCUUCCGCGUUAGGUACAGUAUUGGUUCGCCGAGAUAUGAACGUUUCGAGUGAGUUCACCGAUAACGUAUCGGAUAGGAUGAUAAUCUGCGCGGCGUGGCCAAACGAAGAAUUAUAUCACGGUGAAACGCGUUGUCGCUCGUUUGGGUACUUCGCUGAUUACGCCGCGAAUACGGAAGGCGCGACGAAUCAGCAAAAUUCUCAGUUCGUGAACACGUUAUCGAGCGUGGCGAGCGACUACGCGCGUUUGGAGAUUCCAAUUGAAAGCAUUUUCGAGAGGAGUAGUAACACGACGACGCAAAACGUUUCGGCGGGAUACUACGUGACUGUGAUCAACCAUCACGCGAUAUCCGGCGAGAGAAUGUCAUUCGACGCUCGCGUAUCUUUCGAGCGCGAAGAGUACACCGCCGUGAAUGAAAGAAUUCCGACGUGCCCGUUCAAUUGCAGCAAUCAUGGCAUAUGUGUGAACGCUGGUUUCUUUAGAGGAAUGUGCGUGUGUUUCAAGGGAUACGCUGGUUUUUACUGCCAAAAUAACGCCACAAAAUUAAUACCAAACGACGAAGAGAGCGUCUUUGAACGCAAAAUCCGUCCGGGCGAUUGGGAGUACUUUUACGUGGAGAGCGAAAAUACCACCUUGAGCGCAUCCGCGAUUCUCUCCGUGCAAAUUAUAAACUACAAAGACGUCAACGGUAUCCCUGAACUCUUUGGCAAAAAAGUCACCGGCCUUACUUUCGCGGACGGCUCCCCUAUCGAUAAUGAAAGCACGAAAGUUACGUUCGAAACGCCCGUUCCGGUGAAGUUCAUCCACAGCGAUUUCACUAAUACGUCAACUUUUACGAUCAAUUCGACGCUCGUAUCGUCCGGACCUAUCGGAGAUGAAGCAAACUCAUUUUUGAGUUUUCAGGACGAUUUUAACAUCCCUCGAAACGCGUCGAUAAUCGAUAUCUCGUGGAAAGCUUUGCGAAUUCACGCAAAACCGCCUUCGUAUCUUUCUGAGGCGUGCUUGGCGACGUAUUCCUCCGAGGAGCGAAAUUAUUUCGCAUACUCGAAAUGUCCCUCGCUCACGCCGGCGAGUGGCAGAGAAUUCGUCAUAGAUGGAAGUUUAAAAACGCCCGGGUUGAUUCAAGACGGUAAAAACGCUGGCAUAGAGUUGUUCGAAAGCGUCGACGACGACGAUUUGGGAGUUUUUGACGGUGCUUUAGAAGACGACAAAACCUCAUUCGAAGACGCGAAUUGGGUAUCAGGCGAGAUUGUCGUCACAUGGAGAGCGUUCGUGAGAACCGGAUACGACGUUGAAUCCAUAGCGCAAACACAGUGUACGAGGAUAGAUUGCAUCGUACCGGAAUACUUAUUCGCGAAUUUCACAGUUUCUCCCAACGAAACGUGGAGCUUUGGCGUGAGAAGCGCACGAGUACGUCAAUCAGAAACGGCGAUUGAGCCGAACGGCGGCACUCGAUUUGAAGGAAGCGAGAAAGAUUUGCACGUAAAGGUAUCCGUGCUCCUCGACGAAAGCGGUGGUAUUGGUUCUUCCAAGCUGUGCGUCGCGAACUGCAGCGGUAUCGGUCGAUGUGUCAACGGCGUGUGCGAUUGUCCUCUGAAUCUCACCGGCGUGGCGUGCUCGAUCCCGAUUGAGAUCUUGACGCUGGAAGAUACGGUUAUUGAAAAAAACGGAACGUCUCUUGUAAUUUCUGAGAAUGUUACCGACGUUCGAGUGUUACCUGAAGGCGCGUUCGAUGUUUAUAAAUUUCGUGUAACGAGCGAUACAGCGAUAGUUCGAGCGACGCUUGACCACGCUUUGCAUCAUGGAUCUUCGCCACGCUUGUUCUUACGAAGAAAUGCGGUUCCGAUUUAUUGUCCCCCGGGCUUGCGCGGUGGAUUUUUGAACGACGAUGCCGGUGAGGUCAACGAGAAUUUGUACGCCGGCGAUGAUAACUUUUGCAGAGACGCGUACGAUGCAUUUGAUGCGCUCGAAACCAGGGACGAAUCUUCGGGAAAAAUACCAGAAGCGAAAGUAAUACCAAACGAAACUCAGGACGGCGGCGACGCCGGCGGCGACGAUGAUAACCAUCCGUUUGGCGAGGAAGAAAAGUAUCUCGUGCAGCACGAAGCCAGCGUAAAGGUUUCAGACGUUCCGAGAAGAUACAACAUGAGCGGAUGGAGUAUCGGCGCCGAUGAAGCGGAAGAGGAAAAUGUCGAUUGGUGGUUUCUUACCGUGUUCAACGACGCUAUCGGAGCUUCAGAAAGCUUGAUAUAUCGCGUAUCCAUACAAACGCUUCCUUCGUACGGUUGGUGUCAGAAGGAGUGUAGAAAUAACGGCGUUUGUGACAAAGUAAAAGGUAUUUGCGAGUGUUCAAAAGACUUCAUCGGCGAAGCAUGCGAAAUCCCACUCAUCUCGAUUGAAAACGGUGAGAUAAAAACGUAUGAAAACAGAUUAGAUUCGGGCGAAGCCGUAGCGUUUAUUUUUGAAAUCAGGUGCCAGAAUCAAAAAUUUGCUCUCGAUAUCGAGAAAUUAAACGACUAUUCCGCGUUUGCAAACGCUGGACCUGAACUUUACUUUGGCGUAUCGCGCGGUGUCGUGCCGUCGUAUGAUUUCAAGCGCGGCUUAUGGAAAGCGGAUAUGUUUGAAACUAUUCCAAACAUCGAAGUUGGUGGUACGUUGGGGUAUUACCUUCGAGGAGAAAGCUCCGCGCCAGUUGGACAAUACUUUGCAAUAGUCGCGUCAGAUUUCGGACACAGCGCUUUAUUAGAUGGCAUUGCUGCAAAACUGACUGUUUUUGGAAGCGACGUUCCGAACGAGAGCGCAACGAAUCAUAGUAAUAGUUGCUUAUAUCCGAGCGGAACGCUCGGUGUUAACGUCAAAGACGGAGAGAAAGGAAACAUCGAUUCAGUCAUAUUAGACGUUUAUGAGCUCGAUUAUGGAGCGGAUUGCGAAUGCUACAUGGCGAGUGUAAGCACCGGUACCGCGGGCGUCGAAUCUAUAUCUGCUAAUCUAGUGUUCCCAAAAUCUCGGCCCUCCUCGUUCACGUUACCCUUUUAUUACUUGCGUAACGACGUGCGGAAGUACAGUGGAACAACUCCGAAUGAAACAAACUUUGAAUAUCAAUCUCCAGAUCCGCGCAGAGCGAUCGCAUCGAACGAUAUUGUCCCUGACGCAUGGGAUCGCGAAGGCUGCAACGCCUACAUCUCCGACGACGUAGAAGGUAAAAUCUGCGUAGUCGUGAGAGGUGGGUGCGCUUUCGACGUAAAAACAAUGAAUUGUCAAGACGCCGGAGGCGUGGGCGUGUUGAUCGUCAACGUCGACACGUACGAAAGUCGGAUUCCUGCGCCCGCGGCUGAUAAUUGGCGCAGCUUCCCGGAAUCUACACUCACUCUUCCAACGUUUUCAAUCGGACAAGCCGCCGGCGAUGCUUUGUUAGAAAGAUACACGAGAGAGUCGGCUUUGCGAGAUGACGCGGCAAAGUCGCGAACGAUUCUUGAAAUGUUUUCGUACAUCUGCAAACUUCCGUAUUGCGAGACGUGCGCGUUUGGAUUAGGCAACCCGUCUGAUAACUGUACUCUGAAUAAAUGUCCCGGACUAGACCCCACGUUCUCCAUCGCGUGCAACGGCAGAGGUAUUUGUACCAAAGACACAUUUCAGUGCGAGUGCGAGGAAUGCUACGAAGGCGAGAGUUGCGAAAAAUUUGCAAAUCCACCCGUGUUUACUCGCGCGCCGGAAGUCGAUAUCGCUUUAGAUUUGGCAUCCAACGAAAUCGCGUCGUUUACUUUUGGAGCGUCGUUAUCAAACGCGACGACGACGACGACAGAGGAGAAGGCGGACAACGAUAUCAAGUUUCGAGUUGUGAAUGCUCGGUCUGUUCGAGCGGCUUCUAUCGAUACCAACACGGGAGAGUUUCUAUUUGACGCGACAAAAGUUACUCACACAAAUGCGCAACAACAGAAGAAAAUGAUCGACGUGACAGUCGAAGCGAUUGACCCGCGCGGAGAGAGCGCUCAAAUCUCUUUCCCGAUUCUCGUCUCGAACGUACCGAACACGGCGGGAAACACCGAGAUUCAAAGAAUAGCCGAUGGCGGGUGGACGAUUCGUACGCUCGAAAAAGAGAGCCCAACGGCGACGCGUAGCAACAAAGAAAGUCAAGGAAAUGGCGAAAACGUGGAAAAAUCAGCCUCCGCCGACGAGAACAACGAGAGCAAAAAAGAAGACGCGAAGAUUGAAAAAUCUUUUGGCUUCCUCUUCUUCGUCUCUUUAAUCGGCCUCGUCCUCCUCGGCUUAUUCGGGUUCCAAAUCUUAAAACUCCGCAACCGACACUUACACCGAAGAGGUUUACGCCACGUCGAACUCCCGGAAUGGAACGCCACGGACGACGUCGAAACGCUCCGAUCGAGAUACUUCGAAUCCAACAGAGACGAAGUGCGAAGCGUAGCGUAA